AUGACGAUGGUGGUUUUUCUUUGCUUGAAACUUGAGUGGCACGACACGAUGGGUUCAGAUGAUGUGGGGCAUAUUUCUACACCAGGCCGUUUGCACGGUCUUCUCAACUUUCGGAGUCGCCGAUCACGACGACCAGGCAGCUCAAGCUCGGCUGACACCUCCUCGGACUCAACCUUAACCGCCAAUUCCGACUACGAGAUCACACCCGCAGACUCGACAUUGAAUUCUCCUGAAGUUUCACCUCGUUCUUCCACCUCAUCCACAUCUACUUCAUCCUCUACGACAAAGCAACACAGGAUGCCGUUUCGUCAGAGGAUGGCCCGCCACUUUGGCGAUUCGCUCGCUCCCGAGAAGCCCUAUCUUAGCUACUACGAUGUUCUCUUGACAGCUGAGGAUAUCAAGGCGCUCAAGCAUGACUGGUUAACAGAUAAUAACAUUGCUUUCUGGGAAGAGUACCUGGAACGCGAAACACUUCCCAAGUAUCCUCAAGCUCGCAUCGUGCUGCUUCGUCCUAGCAUGACAUUCCUUCUUAUGAAGGAACCCGACCUCCGAUCAGUCCAAUCCGCCCUUCCCGAUUUCUCAAAGGUCACCCAUAUCUUCCUACCCAUCAACGACAAUCGUAAUGUGAGCGUCGCUGAGGGUGGUAGCCAUUGGUCGCUGCUCCUUGUCUCGGCCCUCGAUGGUGUCGCCUUUCACUACGACUCUCUUGGUGGUGCAAACUACUCCGAGGCCAAUGUCGCUACCCGCAAGCUUGCUACUAUCCUCGGACGACCUCUUCGAUUCAUCAACCUCGAGGAUUGCCCUCAACAGGAGAACGGCAGCGACUGUGGUGUCUUUGUCUGCUUGUUGAUGCGCCACCUCCUCGUCAAGCGACUUCUGUGCGCUAAUGCCCGCGAGAAGGUGUCGAUGAGCAUGGGUGGCAAGAUGGUCGACAGCUAUGGUGGCCGCAAAGAGAUGAUGCGAAUUAUCGAAAAUCUCCGCAAGGAGGGCGAGCGAAGGCGAUCAACGGACUGCUACGGCUCUUGCGAAGAAUUCGAGGAACUCUUAAAGCAAAUCAAGGAAGCUCAGGCGGCAAAGGCGCGCAACGCCCGACAGCCCUCUCGUUCACCACCCCGCUCACCACCCCGUUCACCUCCUCGUUCCCAAGAGGCAAAGAAACCCCCCGUCAACCAGAACGGCAAGGGUUCAAUCGCUAAGGGUCCCGUCACUAAACCCAAGGGUUCUUCUCCGACAAGACUUGUUGAUCAACCCCCUUGGAAAGGAAUGAGACACCGUGUGCGCACAAACUCGAACCCAAUCCUAUCUUCCAAAGAUUCACCACCUCUUGGUCCACGAGCAUGCAAGUCCGACCGAGUCACCAAAGAGCCCAGGAUCCAAACGAGUCCUCACACCCCCGUCAAAGUCCGGGGUAAGCGUGUGAUCGAGACACAAUGA